AAUGAGGGGAAAAAAUACUAUUCAAACCACAGCAUCCAAGAAUCAGCCGACACAAUUGAAUUCCAAUACUCCGAGACCCAUAAUCAACCCAGGAAGAUCGUGAAUUCACGCAGGAGCGCGUUAGCUCUUUAUCGGCCACCGUACUUAGGAGAUGCUAGCUAGCAAGCGUGCUGUGUUUAUCUAGCGAGGGAGUCGAACUCCAGUUCCCCCUUUAUGUCAAACUAAUCUGCUAGUAUUGUGCGGGGUGGGGGGCAAUGUCGAACUUUCGCUACUUGUCAUUGCCGCAUAGGGACGUAGGCUCGAGGAAAAUUCGUUAUCUUUACUUGGCAAACGAAUCGGCUUUCACACUUACAGACUGUCACCAAAAGGAGUCGGUACCUCUUUUUCUAGGUGCCGACCUCUUGGCCAAAACGGAUGUCCGUUCCGAGAACCAUCCCAGGCAUCACGCUAAGUUUGCCAGAAAAGGCCUCGCCACCAAAAUUCACUUCUCUUCUGCCUUCAGGUUGCGCGGCUUGAAGGUGGCUGCGUCCAGCAACGGCUUGUGGUUCUACACCAUUCACGGGCUUUUCCGCAUUGCCUUUGAGAUGUAUGCCAAGCGGGAGCAGCUGCUGGUCGUGGAAAACUUCCAGGAUGCGUGGAAAUCUCAGAUGAGCGACAGCCUGCUGAAGACCAGUUACAGCCUGUGCGCGCAGCUAGACCCAUUGGACAGCGGGAGUGAAGUGCCAGAUAAACAAUCACCCAAGCGGCCGGACAACACGAGUCGAGACGUUGCAACGGAUCACGCUUACUCCAUGCAGCGGAGCUCUCAAAGCACAUCUCAAUUUGGGAAUAAGCUCCAGAGUCUGAGUGACAAAGUGGCAGCCAAAAAGUUCACGGAGCAUAACCUGGAACUGGCCCUGUUCCUUCUGGAGCACGCCGAGCGCUGCCUGGACGAGACGGCGGAGGGGCGAGAUGCGGCCGAGGUGGCGCUGGCGGACUGGCUGGGGCGCCGCUUCGCCGCGGCCCACGCUGACAUAAGCCGGCGGGUCGAGGCCUUCAAGGAGCGCCACAUCCAAAGGAUCGGGGAGCUGCCGCCUGCCGAGGAGCUGGCUGUGCAGCUGUUCCCCGACGCCAUGAGGACGCUGCUGCUGAAUUGGAUGGGGCUGAGUCAGGAGGAGGACUUGGCCGAAAGGCAAAGUCAGUAUCCCAUCCUGCUCCUCAUCUUGGAGUUUGCCAACCACAACCUCAUCACUGGCGUUGCACAUGUGCUCUACUCCACUCUCAUUUGCAAGUAGGUUGUCUCAUUGGAUUGCAAAGGGAUAGAAGGAAAUUUAAACAUUUAUU